AUGAGGUCGAAGGCGGUCGCGAGGCGGCUCCACGCGCAAGGAAAUAAAGAAGAUGGCGAACCUACACAUAACGGUAACGAAAAUACAGCAGGAGAUAGCCAGGAGUCUGGCAGCCCACCGCCGAGCCCGACUGACUCAGUCACAUCGGAGUCCGCGCCCACCCUAGUUCACAUUAAACAAGAGAACAUGGCGCCAGGAGCCGACAUGAAAGAUUACUACGCGACUCUGGACUUUGGUCUACCCGAAACAUACUUGUCCAAUUUCCCCGACUACGCCAGGCCCUACUUGCCGAGGCCUCUCGAUUUACCCGAUCAAAAGUUCGUAGAUGUGAAAAACGAAAAUGACGACACAAAAGAUGAUGACGUAGGCGAUCCAGAACUGAACCUGCCCAUAGAAUUAGUGUUGAAAAACGAUGGAGUGUACGCGCGCGCUAAUAUUGCUGUCGGAACAAAAUACGGACCUUUUAUAGGCAAAUGGGAGACUCAGCCGUUGGACCGGAGAUACGCCUGGGAGAUUAUCGGCAAGAACAGCAUACGAUGCUGGAUGGACGGGACCACGAACAAGACGAACUGGCUUAAACUGGUUCGUUCUAGCAGCUACACUCGGGACGUCAACAUGCAGCAUGUUUUAUUAUCAGGCGAAAUAUGGUAUAAGGCGACCCGAGAUAUUCCUUCAGGACAGGAGCUGCUGCUUGGACCUAGGACCCCGCUGACGUUCGAAGUAUUUGUACCCAAUGCUGACGAGCGUCAAGCAACCAGCGAAAAGUUCAGCUCCCAGUCGAUAACCGAAGAAGAAGACAGAGAAGACACAGAGCCAAGGUGCUCCUUCUGCGACGCUCCUUGCGCUAAUAUAGAACUGCUCGACCAGCAUCUGAUCCAGCGUCACGGUCAGCCGGCCGGUGCCUUCCACUGCGAGCUCUGCAACCGCUCGUACAGUUCACGGGCGCUGCUACUCAGACACCGCGCUCUCGCACAUACCGACAUCAGGAAAUAUCCUUGCGAAAACUGCCCCAAGGCGUUUACCGAUCCUUCCAACCUGCAGCGCCACAUCCGCGUGCAGCACGUCGGCGCGCGCAGCCACGCCUGUCCCGAGUGCGGCAAGACCUUCGCCACCUCCUCCGGCCUCAAGCAGCACACGCACAUACACUCCAGCGUCAAGCCCUUCCAGUGCAAAGUUUGCUUUAAGGCCUAUACACAGUUUUCAAAUCUGUGCCGCCAUAAACGCAUGCACGUCGCCUGUCGAGCAGUGGUUGAAUGCGGAAAGUGUGGUCAGUCCUUCGCAUCGUACGCAUCCCUGACCAAGCACAAGAGAUUUUGCGAUACUGCCACGGCAUCCGUAAAUUUAAGAGGACAAAUGCCGCAAGGACUGCCACCGAUUCCACCUUUACCAAACGUUGCGAUGAAUCCUGCAAAUAACGCCAAUCCAUUCCCAAUGUACAGAGGCCAUACUUUGCCGUUGCAUUAUAACACGUUUGCCCACUACCCAGCACUGCUAUCGGCUGCAGCCGCUGCUGCUUAUUCACCUGACUUUUUGAAUCCAUUCCUUAAUGUACAAGGAGCCGCUAGAUUGGCCAUGGAACACGAUCUUGCUAUGUCAAAUGCUAACUUAGUUUCCAAGCAACAAGAAGGUAGAAUGUCUGUUAAAAGCAUGGACAGCUGCACGUCCCUCGAUGAUGCGAAAAAAAUGAAGGAUUUUGAAUCAGAAUUGAACAAGAAAGACAGUGCUAGUUCUGAUAGAAACACGCCUAGUAAAUACCCGGGCACAUCCACAAAAAUGUCUUCACCAUCAAUUGAAGAAGUUUCCACGCAGCAUAAUCCAUCAAUAAUGGCAAUGCAGACUCCUAUUGUACCAUUCAAUUUCACAAGAGACGAAAUGAAACGAAAGUCUCCAUUUAACUUCUCACUAAAACUAAACAACAAUGAAGUUAUGGGGGUGAAACCAUCUUCUCCAUCUUUACCGAAAGAUUUAUCAAAGAAUGUAAUGGAUGACGAUAAAGCUUCCGAGUAUUCUGAGGCGGAAGAAGAUGCCAAAAAAGAUGAAGCAGACCAGCCUCUCGAUUUGUCCGUUACAAAGAAACAGAGCGACAAAGAAUCAGAAGCGGAAAACGAUGACCGUUCCUUUCGUAACUCUGUCAAGUCAUAUUCACCACCAGAGAGUCCUCUCGCCAGAAGCAAGACACCCGAGAAUGACACCACUGAUGUGGACGUCGAGGGCGUAGAGCCAAAGAGAGACUCUCCCACACAGAUGGUCUCCCCGUCAAUUGCGUUUCCCAUGCCCGUACAUCCUCAACACAACAGCAUCAUUGACGCGAUGUAUCGUCCCAGAUUUCCGUCAUUCCACGCAUCCGAGUCUAUCUUGAAUGCAUCACACUCUCCUUACGUACCGAGUCCUUUCAAUUUUUUAUCCCCCCUUCUGGGCACCGACGGACCGGACCGGCAACAGAGCGCGUACGCCAAGUUCAGAGAACUGAACUCCGGCUCGAGGAAGGGUCGAGAUCAGUACGCCUGCAAAUUCUGCGGGAAGGUGUUCCCGCGCAGCGCCAACCUGACCCGACAUCUGCGCACUCACACCGGUGAGCAGCCCUACAAAUGUAAAUACUGCGAGCGCUCAUUUUCAAUCUCGUCGAAUCUGCAGCGACACGUGAGGAACAUUCAUAACAAGGAGCGGCCUUUCCGGUGUCCGCUCUGUGAUAGGUGCUUCGGGCAGCAGACAAACCUCGAUCGACAUUUGAAGAAGCACGAGGCUGAAGGCGGCGAUUCACCGAGUUCUGCAGAUACGGAGCGCGACGACGCGUACUUUGAUGAUAUCCGUUCCUUCAUGGGAAAGGUGACGUGCUCACCUCCGCCGCUCGCCAUCUCUACAUAG